GUUUGCUGUGCAUACACUGUCCAAAAGUCUUCCCUCAUGCUCCCUAGAGGCACCAGCUGCAGAUGUUAAUCACUCGCUCUCAGAAGCCCGCAGGACCCUAGAUUUACUCCAAUGGCUAUAACCCUUCUUUAAUCUGCAUAAAUCUCCAACCUCUUGUAAACUCAGUGUCAUUGUGACAAAAGAAAGAAUAGGAUCAUCUCUCAAGAUUGGCAAAAAAAAUCUCUACUGUGAGUAACAGCUGUUUCCUAUUAAUUUCCUGAAAUUUAAGUGUACGAAUGAUCAGCAUGGCUGAGAAAUGACUCCUACCAAUGGCCUAUGUAAUAACUAGAGAUUAGUUUAACAAGCCAUAUGAGUGACUUGUGAUUUAUUUUACCAGGUUCGAGAUGUGAACAGUGAAAUGUUUUCCUUUUUCCUGCUUUAUAGGUUCGGACUACAUUAUUAUACCUUCAGAAGCCAAGAACAACUUUGCUCGGAUAUCUGUAAUGAGAAGCAUUGAGGUAGAGAGUGAUGGUGGUGUUGUGAAUAUGAAUACUGUUUCCUGUGAUGGACCAGGGGUCUGAUUACAAGGUAGCUUCAUAUGCAUUCAUAAAGUAAUCUAGCCUCUGUUUCAGAGCAAAUUAAGUACUGGUCUCAUAUCCAAUGAGAUAUCGCGAUAAUUUAAUGGUUCUUGGAGUAGCAGUCACUUCAGACUUUUCACUAAGGCAGUGGAAGAUACAUAUGCAUUUAAUCAACCGUUACAUACAAUAGUCCUUGAGAAUUUUCUCUUUAUCGAUCCAUGUCCUUUCAGUCUGAUUCCAAAAUCAGUAACUCCACCUUCCUCCUCACGGGUUUCCCUGGCCUGGAACAGGAAUAUCCCUGGAUAUCCAUUCCAUUCUCCUGUAUCUAUGCUAUAGUGCUCUCAGGGAACUGCCUGGUGCUCCAUGUGAUCCGGACUGAGCCAAGCCUGCAUGAGCCCAUGUUCUACUUCCUGGCCAUGCUGGCCCUGACUGAUCUGUGCAUGGGACUGUCCACAGUGCACACAGUGCUGGGGAUCCUGUGGGGACUCAGCCAGGAGAUUGGGCUGGAUACUUGCAUUGCCCAAACCUUCUUUGUUCAUGGUCUCUCAUGCAUGGAAUCGGGAGUCCUUCUUGCCAUGGCCUUUGAUCGCUUUACUGCAAUUUGCAAUCCUCUGAGAUAUACAUCCAUCCUCACCAAUACCAGAAUCAUCAAAAUUGGUGUGGCCAUUUUAGUGAGGAGUUUCCUGUUCAUUACUGCUCCCAUCGUCCGGCUGAAGUUCUUCCAUUAUUGCCGUCCCCACAUUCUCUCUCACCCUUUCUGCCUACACCAAGACUUACUCCGUCUGGCUUGCUCUGACAUUCGAUUCAACAGCUUCUAUGCCUUAGCCUUGGUAAUCUGUACACUAUUUUUGGAUUCUGUGUUUAUCUUCAUCUCCUACAUCUUGAUCCUGAACUCAGUCUUGUCUAUUGCAUCCCAGAAGGAGCGGCUCAAGUCUUUGCAGACCUGUGUCUCUCACAUCUGUGCAGUCCUGGUUUUCUACAUCCCAGUGAUUGGACUGACCAUGGUACACCGCUUUGGGAAGCACCUCUCUCCUAUUAUCCAUGUCCUCAUGGGCAACAUCUAUAUUCUUUUCCCACCCUUGAUGAACCCCAUCAUCUACAGUGUCAAGACUCAGCAAAUCCAUAGCAGGAUUCAGAGAUGGUUUAUUCUGAAAAAGAACUGAGUACUAGAGAUUAAUGUGCUUUAGGGAAAGAAGGUAGUAGUUGUAAGAAGAAUGACUAAUAUAUAAA